AUGCAAAAGAUUCCAUAUACUUCUGCAGUUGGAAGUCUUAUGUAUGCACAAGUAUGUACGUGUCCGGAUAUUGCGUUCAUAGUUGGUGUGUUAGGCAGAUAUCUCAAUAAUCCUGGAAUGGAUCAUUGGAAAGCAACUAAAAGGGUGAUGAGAUACCUAAAGAAAACAAAGGAUUAUAUGCUCACAUAUAGGAGGUCAGACCAUUUGGAGAUCGUUGGGUAUUCUGACUCCGAUUUUGCGGGUUGCCCAGACAGUAGGAGGUCUACAUCUGGCUGCGUUUAUACAUUGGUUGGAGGAGCCAUUUCUUGGCGUAGUGCCAAACAGACACUUGUUACCAGCUCUACUAUGGAGGCUGAAUUUGUGGCAUAUUUUGAAGCAUCACAUUAG